AAAAUUCCCAUCUCUAUUCGUAAACAAAACCAAGAUAAAAAGGAAUAAAGGUUGCAACCGGUAUAGGAAGUUUUCUUUUACAUGACUGUCACUUUCUGACUUUCUUCCCGCUUUGCUUCAAGUUCAUCAAAAAAUGUCUGAAAUUAAAAAUAGAGAAUUUGAUAUUAUAAUUUUCGGUGCUACUGGAUACACUGGCCGAUAUGUAAUAGAAGAAUUGGCUCAUUCUUCUAAGUCAAUUGACAUUAAAUGGGCUAUUGCUGGCAGGAAUAAGGAAAAAUUAAAAGAAUCAUUGGAUAUUGUUAAAGAAUAUCUUGGACAAGAGAUUGAUAUUAGCAAGACUCCUAUGAUUGAGGCUGAUGUUAAGAGUGACACAUCUUUAUCAAAUAUGUGCAAAAGGGCUAAGUUGAUACUUAAUUGUGUUGGACCUUACAAAUUGUUUGGGGAACCUGUAAUAAAAGCUUGUUUAGAAAAUGGAACUCAUCAUGUUGAUAUUAGUGGAGAACUAAAGUUUUUAGAAGAAACUCAGAUCAAGUAUUUUGAUGCUGCACGUGAGAAAAAUGUUUAUAUUGUUGGAGCUUGUGGAUUUGACAGCAUCCCUGGGGACUAUGGAAUGACUCUCUUGAAAAAACAUUUUCCUGGUGAUUUGAACUCUGUUGAAUAUUAUAUCAGCAUUGGAGUAGGGCCUGAAGGUCGAUCUACAAACAUUGGAACUUUUCUCUCGGCUGUUUACUCAUUUUGGGAUAAUAUGUUUGUCAAAGAAGCCGAUAUAGCUCUGAAAGAAAAGCUGUUUAAAGAAGAUCUACCAUCACCAAAAUAUCAAUUGCUUAUGAUAAAAUUACCUCCACUUUCUUAUAUUUCUGAGGAGAAAGGAUGGGGUCUUUGGUUUCUGGGUCCAGAUGAGCGAGUCAUUUUAAGAAGUCAGUUGUUUCGCCAUAAUUACUUAAAAGAGCGACCAAUUUUGUCUCAUGGUUACAUGAAGUUAUCUUCAUUUUUUACUGGAUUGUUACUCAUAAUGUUUGCUGGAUUUUUUGGAUUCAUGACGUCGUUUUCUUUCGGUCGAUACCUAUUGGCAAAGUACCCAUCUUUUUUUACUGCUGGUGUAUUUUCAAGUACUGGGCCAACUCGAAAACAAGUGAUGGAAGGAAGUACUAAGUUGACAUUAUAUGGCCUAGGAUGGAAAGAAAAACUGUCAGAUCCCACUGACCAGCACACCACUAAACCUGACACCAGAAUGAAACUCACCAUUAGGGGACCAGAGCCUGCAUAUCCAUUAACUGCUCUGUGCAUGGUACAAGCUGGUUUGACAAUACUCCAAGACCAAGAUAAACUACCUUUAGAAGGAGGUGUUCUCACUCCUGGUGUAGCUUUUGCUAACACUUCUCUCAAACAAAGAUUAGAAAACCGUGGAAUGACUUUUGAAUUUGAAACUCUUACUAGGAAACCAUGGAACUGCGGGGUAGAAGCAUUGAAGUUUAGGUCAAAGGCCGAAGAGCCUGCAUAUGCACUUACGGCUAAAUGCAUGGUAAAUGCUGGUUUGACUAUACUUCUUGAAAAAGAUAAACUACCUUUAGAAGGUGGUGUUCUUUCUCCUGGUGUAGCAUUUGCUAAAACUUCUCUUGAAGAAAGAUUGAAAAAACGAGGAAUGACUUUUGAAUUUGAAAACAUCAAUUAAAGUUAAUUAUUAGUGGCCGAUAAACUUUGUCAACAAUAUGCAUGUUAUUCAUUUGUAUUCUUCUAAAUAAAAAUAUUUGCCAGUAAUAGUAUUAUAAAUGUGGCCCUACUAAAUGAGCAGGAGCAUAUAUUCAAAUUUAAAUGCAGAAAAUUGUUCAAAUGUAUAGCCAUUUAAGGCUAUAAUACCUUAGAAUGUAUUUUAUAGCUUCUUAUGUUAGAACUCAGAGAAUUUGCAUAAUUUUAUUCAAAAUAUACUUCAGAAACACAUAAAGCAUUUAUUUAGCCAUUUGUGACAAUUCUAAGGAUGCUUCGGGAACUGAAUCUACAUUAAACUAAAUGG